AUGGCUGAAUAUAAUCCUCCUAAUAAAAAUAAUUUUACAAGGACACAAAGAAACUUAAACGAAGAAAGACUAAGAAAUAUUGAGGAAACUGUGGACGCCUGUAUCGAAGAAAUGCAAGGACAUUUUGAUUCGAAAUUCAACAAUCGCAAACCAUUGUCUCUACACCCACCUGUUCCCAUGGAAACAGACACCUCACCCAGGUUCCCAAAAUUGAAACAAACUGCUCCAGAGGAAACAAAGAAGAUUGUGAGGAAUUUAGGGGGAAUUCGCUUGCAAAGGGAGAAGAUAGUCACGGAAAGGCUUUUUCUACACCGACAAGUUUCUGAGACUAUAGGCGAGAAAAGCAUAAAACUAGCACGUGACAACAACACUCUUCCGGAAGUUGUUUGUAGACGGCGCUUUCGUGAAGAAGAAGACAAGCUUCAUUAUCUGCCAAGAUUAAAUCGCCAAGUUUUUUCUGCUCCCUCUUCGCAUUUUUCGAUCAAUUUGAAUAAAACUUCUUCGUACGGUCGUGAUAGUAAAAGCGACGAGCUUGCGAGCCGUAAAAGUAUACUUUCGUGGAGCGCAUGUGUAGUUCCAGCAACACUUGUGGACUUUCCAGGGCGCAAGCGAUUGCCGUUGAUAUCGUCACUUAAGAAGUCUAACAAAGGAGUUAAAAACAGUUCGGUAGACAGGGUGUCAAAGCCGCCUAACUACAGAGAGCAUAGUGCUCAGAUGUUACCCCGAUCAUCUACAGACAAACCCGUGUCUUCCACGAGACUCCUAUAUCCUUCACAUCACGGAUACUGA